CAGUGGCGCCAUGUACGUUCAGAUUUAGUCCCCCCAUAUCGGAAGGCAGAUGACGCUACAGACGUUAUUAAUUAAACAGGGAAUGCCGAAUGUGAGAUAGGGUAGUAAAAUCAGGUUCGCAGGUGCGAGUUGACCCUGUAGAUACCUACCGGAAACGACUCGUGCGAAAGGGAGAUACCUAGAUUUGUUGACAUUCGCAACCACUCCAGCGGUACCAAGUGACGAAGAGGCACAGUUCACAUUUGUGAUUGGGCCGAUCAGUUCGGGGGUUAUAAGCAUAUGCAUGUCGCCUCAACUGUCGUACUACAUGUCUCGACUUGCGCUCGCUUGCUAAAUUAGCGAGGAUCAGUGCGAUGUCGGUCUACAUCGCAGUACCACCGCCUGGUCAAACCAGACACACAGUCAACCCUCCGAACAUUCACAAAGAACUUGCCGCUGUCGGAGUGUCGACAACCAUACUUGCAUUGGUUGCAGUGAUUCUGCAACUUUUUACACGAGCAUAUGUCACCAAACUGGGCAUUCAUCUCAACGAUUAUCUGAUAGUAUGUGCCAUGAUGUGCAGCCUUGCGCUGCUGGGGUGCAAUUUUCCGCAUAUGAAGUCUGGCUUAGGCUACCAUAUGUGGGAAGUCAAAACAGAAGAGUACAUGCUUGCAUUUCAAAAGUGGACACUGGUCGGCACGAUCCUUUAUGCUACCAGCCUCGCAUUUUCAAAACUGUCAAUACUGCUUUUCUAUCUACGCCUGUCGCCACAAAGAUGGUUCCGUACACUGGUCUGGAUCCUCGUCGCGGUGGUCGUCAUCUACGCUACAGUUUACGAUCUCGUCAGUAUUUUCGGCUGCAAACCGAUAGCCGCGACAUGGGAUCUCAAACUUCUGCCUGGGGCUACAUGUCUAGAUCAGUUGACCAAGUACAUGGCGCUUUCUGUCCUGAACAUCAUCAUUGAUGUCUUUACAUUGAUACUUCCGAUACCCAUUGUAGCAGGACUUCAUAUGCCGCACAGGCAAAAGAUCACUGUAUGCGCUAUUUUCGCGACCGGUGGAUUCGUCUGUGUCGUGGCAAUCCGUCGAACAACCCUGUUGAAUCCUCUCAUGGUUUCUGCCGAUUAUACAUGGGACGCGGUCGAGCAAUUCCAGUGGUGUUUUGCUGAAGUCAAUGCCGGAAUAGUAUGCGCAUGUGCUCCCGCUCUGAAGCCCUUCUUUGCGCGCUACAUCCCUAGCCUCUUGACUUCCCGCUUUCGCAGUAACGACCGGGAUAAUGAUGAGACCAAGAGCAACGAACUAGCACCACCGGGUUCAUCCAUCCGAUACCACAUCAAGGACGCAUAUGAACUGCAACUGCGGGAUGAUGUGUCUGUAGAGACAGCGAUGACUAAGCACAGUCGUGUCGAUGAUGAGACACGGCUCUGGCAAGAUGCGACAAAUCCAGGUCAGAAAACCGUAACCACCUGUUCUGUUGCACACGCUUGUUGACAGGGGGUUCAAUUCAUAGAUUUGACAUUUACUUAGCCAGGGGAGAAUGUCGACGGGCUCUACGUUCUGUUCAUCCUAGCUGGUAAAAUACGAGUAAACUUAGGAUCACUCACUCAUUGGCUCGUGACAAGAAGCCGAAUGACACCGUCAAAGCUCGCAUCUUAUGCGCCAAUGUGGCACGACCUUCGA